AACCCUAAAAGUUCUUCCUCUGAGAUUAUUGAGAACAUUGUCAAAUCCUUGAAAACCCUAAGUUCUUCCUUUGACCUUAACGAAGAUGACGGAAGAGGCAGUGGAUUCUAGAGCGUAUCCGUUAGCAGAUGGUGAGCUAUCGAUAACAAUACUGGAUCUUGUUCAACAAGCUACCAACUACAAGAAGCUCAGGAAGGGUGCUAAUGAAGCUACCAAGACAUUGAACCGUGGGAUGUCUGAGUUCGUUGUUAUGGCUGCUGAUGCUGAUCCCUUCGAGAUUCUUGUUCAUCUUCCUUUGCUUGCCGAACAUAAGAAUGUGCCAUAUGUGUUUGUACCUUCGAAAGAAGCAUUGGGAAGAGCAUGUGGAGUAACGAAACCUGUGAUCGCUUGUUCAGUAUUAUCGAACGGCAUAAGCCAGUUGAAAUCUCAGAUUCAGGAUCUCAAGGAUGCUAUAGAGAAGCUUAUGAUCUAAGGAUUUCGUGCUCGGUAUGAAGAGUCUGUCUAUAAGGAAUUUGGUCUGACUGAAGUUAGUUUGUGCAGUUUACCUAUUUCAAGAUUGUUUUGUGAGCGGUUUUUAUAUAUCUACUUGGUUAACUAAUGCAUAUUAUGUGGAACAUCACUUGAUUUUCUUUAGAUUUAGAUUUGUUUUUGUCCUUGGUUUGUGUUGAAAUAUCAUGCCAGGUUGAAGAAAUCGAAUCUGAUGAAGUGCUUUGUAUGGUCCAUUAACCCUUUAA